AUGCCUGGGGUUUGGACGGAGCCGCGGACAAGAGCCGGGGACAAGAGCCGCGGACAAGAGCCGGGGACAGAGCCGCGGACAAGAGCCGGGGACGGAGCCGCGGAGGAGCCGAAACUGAAGCGGGACCCGGAGCUGAAGCGUCCGGCUGGAAGUGACAGAGAAGAGCCGCCGGGGACAAGAGCCGAGGACAAGAGCCGAGGACAAGAGCCGAGGACAGGAGCCGAGGACAGGAGCCGAGGACAGGAGCCGAGGACAAGGAGCCGAGGACAAGAGCCGAGGACAGGAGGCGGGGACAAGAGCCGAGGACAAGAGCCGAGGACAAGAGCCGAGGACAAGAGAGGACAAGAGCCGAGGACAAGAGCCGAGGACAAGAGCCGAGGACAAGAGCCGAGGACAAGAGCCGAGGACAGAGCCGCGGACAAGAGCCGAGGACAAGAGCCGAGGACAGGAGCCGAGGACAGGAGCCGAGGACAGGAGCCGAGGACAAGAGCCGAGGACAGGAGGCGAGGACAGGAGCCGAGGACGAGACAAGAGCCGAGAGACAAGAGCCGAGGACAAGAGCCGAGGACAAGAGCCGAGAGAGCCGAGGACAAGAGCCGAGGACAAGAGCCGAGGACAAGAGCCCGAGCCGAGGACAGGAGCCGAGGACAAGAGCCGAGGACAAGAGCCGAGGACAAGAGCCGAGGACAGAAGGCGGGGACAGGAGGCGAGGACAGGAGCUCAUCUCCGGGGGCAGGAGGAGGUUUUGGUCCUGGAGGUUCUGACACAUCAACAGGUUCUGAGGUGAGUCCAACAGGAACAGAACUAAACCAGGACUAA